AUGUCUUCUUCGCCCGUUGACAUCGAGAAGAAAGCGUCCCACUCGGGAGAGAAUAUCGUUACUGAGGAGGAUGUCGUCCCCACCGGAGAUGGCGGCCACAUGCAUCGCUCGUUGAAGGGUCGCCAGGUGUCUAUGAUUGCCAUUGCUGGAACCCUUGGUACGGGUCUUUUUCUGGGGUCCGGUAAAGCGCUUGCAAAUGGCGGUCCUGUCGGGGCUUUGCUGGGGUACCUUUUGGUUGGUGUGCUGGUCGGGCUGAUGAUGUACUCUCUCGGUGAAAUGAUGGUAUGGGACCCUUCUGCGGGUGGUUUCAUCGAAUUUUCUUCCCGUUAUGUCGAUCCAGCUAUGGGCUUUGCGAUGGGCUGGCAAUUCUGGUUUCAAGCGGUGAUGACAACCCCCGUAGAAAUUGUUGCCGCUUCCAUUGUCAUCUCGUUCUGGGACCAUGCAGAAAACCACAAGGCGCUCUACAUCGCAGUCAUAUUGAUUGGGAUCAUCCUCGUGAACCUUGCUGGUGUCAAGUAUUUUGGUGAAUUCGAGUUCGUCUUUGCGUUCAUCAAGAUCAUCGCCGUCAUCGGUCUCAUUAUCGCCUGUUUGGUCAUCGACCUUGGAGGCGCGCCGGACCGUGACCGUCGCGGUUUUCGCUUCUGGAGGGAAGAACCCUUCAAUAACCAUUUCUUCCAAGUCGAGCCUCCUUCAAAAGCGCGAUUCCUUGGAUUUUGGGCUGUCCUUACCCAGGCAGCCUUCUCGUACGGUGGUAUGGAGGGUCUAGCGAUGAUAUGCCUGGAGGCUGCUAACCCACGGGUAUCCAUGCGCACGGCCGUUCGCGCUAUUUUCUACCGUAUAGUCCUGCUCUAUGUUUUUGCUAUCUUGCUCAUCGGCAUGUGUCUGAAGCGCAGCGACCAACGGCUGCUCCAAGCCAACCAGGAAGACUCCGGCACUGCUGCUGAGUCUCCGUUCGUCAUUAUUAUUACAAACGCUGGCAUCAAAGUCCUCCCUCAUAUUAUCAAUGCCGUUGUUUUAACAUCUGCAUUCUCUUCGGCCAACGAGUUCUUGUACUCGUCUUCACGAUCGCUAUUCAUGCUCGCUCAAGAGGGUAAAGCUCCCCGCAUCCUCGCCAAAGUCACGAAAAACGGUGUCCCAGUCUUCGCCCUCGCUGUUUGUGCUUUGUUUGCCCUGCUUGGAUUCCUCGCUUGCGGAAAGCAAGGCGCCAAUGAUGCGUUCAACUGGUUAGCCAACAUCACCACUCUAGGCUCCAUGAUUACCUGGUGUGGUAUUGCCGUUGCCCAUAUCAGGUGGUACCGGGGAAUGAGGGUUCAAGGCCUGAGCCGGGAUGAACUGCCCUUCAAAAGCUGGACACAGCCCUACGGAGCAUGGGUCGUGCUGAUUUCAUUCAGCAUUAUCAUCUUUUUCAAUGGCUACACGACGUUCAUGAGCGACCCCUUCGACUGGCGGUCGUUCCUCUCCGACUACAUCAACAUCCCGUUCUUCGUCAUUCUCUAUAUCGGAUGGAAGUUUGUGAAGAGAACCAAGUUCGUGUCGUUGGUGGAGAUGGACUGCUCGACACAUUAUGUCGAGGAUAGUGUAGUGUACUCCAAGUAUUGA